CUUAAAACUGGUUUUUAUGCUUCCACAAGAAGUCAAAACCAUGUGCGAAUGCAAGUUUAUGUUUCCACUCGAAUGCACUUCGCACAUGCAGCUGCAGUGGUAGCCGUAAUGCAUUUAGUUACCAGUUGGCACCGAACGCGCCCGCACCCACCAUGGGAAGCUUGGAGGAGUUCCAAAAAACGCCCUACAAUCCCGCCAGCCCCUUGGAAGCGCGAACACCAUUGAUCGCAUUGGUGCGAGGCGUUCGGGUUUUCGUCAACGUUCUGGUUUUCACGGCAAAAUUGAUCCCGCUGGUAGUUUAUUUGCUCCUACGGAGGUUUGUGUGCCGUAAGCCGAAAGACGUCCGCGGUUGGGUGGCCUUGGUGACGGGAGGAGCCAACGGACUGGGACGGCAGAUCGCGAUCGAACUGGCCAAGGAGGGCUGCCAUGUGGCGGUGGCCGAUCUUGACGAGCACGGUGCGGCCAAAACGGUUCUGGAGUUGCGAUACUAUGGAGUGAAAGCCGCUGCAUAUUGCGUGGAUGUGGCAAGCGCCACUGAGGUUCGUGAUUUGCAACGAAAGGUGGAGGCCGAUAUUGGAUCGGUUGAUAUACUCGUGAAUAAUGCUGGAUUGGUGCCGUUCCUGGUGUCGGAUGAGUACGUACCGGAAAAUUUGCAACGAAUGGUUAAUGUAAAUAUUUUGGCGAGUUUCUAUACCGUGAAUACAUUCUUGCCAGGUAUGUACGUCAGACGGAGGGGGCACAUCGUGACAAUCUCUUCGGCAGCUGCUUACGUGAGCCUUGGGCUGAUGCGAAAUUACACCACUACCAAAUAUGCAAUGAGGGGAUUCAUGGAGGAGCUGCGUGACGAAAUUCACCUGGCUGGCCAGUCUAAGUGGAUCAAAACGACAGUAAUUUAUCCUUUUCAGUUGAAUACGCGAAAGGAACUAGUGGAUGCGGUAUUGAAAUUACCCUAUUUCUCAAAAUUGCCAAUCACCGAUCCGAUGGUGGCUGCCCGAUCGAUAGUGCAUUCUAUACGAACCAACAGACGGAAGGCUUUUGCUCCGGAUUGGUUUCCUGUUGGAUUGUUGUCAUUUGCCGAGGACAUGCCUCGGAAAAUCAAAUAUCUGUUUCAAGACCAACUACUCAGCGAUUGAAGUGCGUGGAUGUCUGAUUGUCUUAUAAGUACAAGGUUUUUGGGGAAGAAAAGUUAUCACAUCCGUGUCAAUUAUUUCAUUUUUUU